AUGGCGGACGCAGAGCAGCCAUGCGUUGAGGCGGAUGUGCGCGAGGAUGCUGGCCCACAACUGCUCGACCUGCCCACCGACGUCAUCCACCGCAUCUUCGCGAGCCUCCGACCCACGGACGACGAGACGCAGCGACGCGUGGACGUGUGCAACAGCGUGGUCCACCCGCUCCACGACGGCUACGAGAGCAGGGCUGGCAUUGUGUACCAGCGAGCGAUUUUGGCACUGCGGGGCGUGUCGAGGUGCGUGCGGGACCUCGUCGACGCGUUCGUCACCACGGUGUCAUACACUGGGAAACACUCCUCCCGCCGCUGGGUGGUCCAAGAAGGCGCGCACCUGGUCGUCAACCCGCGCGCGCCCCUCGACACCUCCAGCCUCUUCGCUGCGAUCCAGGCCGCGCGCGCCAACGUCCGGAACCUCCACUUCUUCGACAUCGAGCCCUACGCGGUGGACGUGUUCGCGUCGUGGCUCCAGACCACCGAUGCAGUGAAGCAACAGGUGCUGGGCGCCGGACUGUCGCUGCCGGCGCCGAUGCGCGCGCUCGCGGACCAGCUCGCCGCGAUCACGGCCCUGCGGAUCUCCGUGCGCGACCCGGGCCACGACCGCGUUGAGCGGCUCCUCGCGGCGUGCCAGUGCCUCCCGAACCUGCAGGACCUCUCCGUCCGCGUAGGCCGCGGCAACGCGGAGGAGGGGUCGCAUCCGAUCACUUUCAUCGAAUCCCUGCCGGCGCUGCCCUCCCUCCGGCGCCUCCACAUCGCCGGCGCCGACCUCAAGAUGCGCGCCAUGCGCCAGGUCGCGGACGACGUGCUCAUGCCGCUCCUGGAAAGCGCGCACGUCAGCCCGCACCCGACUUCGGUCGGGGCCUUGCACGACUUCGAGACGCACUGCCGGUCGACGGCGCACGGCCGGGAGGGCGCGCGGCUGAAGGAGCUGCACAUCCUGCAGGCGUCCGACCACCACUCCGCCGUGGCGUGUCUCAACUGCUCGCGCGGGGCAUGCAUGCCGGACGUUCUAGCGGUCUGGCCCGGCGCGACGCGGUCGCUGCGCGAGCUGCAGGUCCACCAUCGCCUGCUCGACGAAACGGCGCUCGCGGCGCUGGAGGCGCUGGCGCCCACGCUCGAGUCGCUGGUGCUGCGGGAGUGGAUGGUGCUGGGCGCGCCUGCGGAGACGCACGGCGAGGUGAUGGCGCGGCGGAUGGGCGUGACGGCGCAGUGGGGCGCGGCGCAGGCGCGCAGGCUCGCGACGCUCACGAGGCUCACGCGCCUCGAGCUGUCGAUCCAGUACGUGCCUGACCGCGUGAUGCAGGAGCCGGUCGAUGCGACAGGGCGGCGCGAGCUCGACACCACGCAAGCACUAGGGAUUCUCGCGAAGGGGCUUCCGUGCCUGCGAACAUUCCGUUUCGAGGACUGCCGCCCGCACUCCUACUUCUGCGACGCCGCGCUCGCGGCGCUCGGCGAGCUGCCGGACCUCCGCACGCUGAUUCUGGGGUCCCUGACCGAGGCGUGCCACCUGACGCUGGCGGGCUUCAAGGCGCUCGCCGCGGGGGGGUGUCCCAUGGAGCACCUGGAGAUUGUCAACAUGCGCGGCAUCAGCGCGAACGAGAUCGGACCGGCGGUCGACGCCAUCCUGAGCGGGUUCCGCAACACGCUGCGGCAGCUCAGGAUACCGUCGCGGUGCUUCACGGAGUACGACCAGGGCUACGACCACCCGGACCUCGUCCACUCGCUCGCGGCGCAGCGUCUGGGCGACCGCUGCGACGCCGUCCUCCUCAAGUCGUCGCGCCUCCCCGCGGCCCUGCGCAAGAAGCGCUUCGGCAACUACUCCUGGGACCUCGGGCCCAACCCCGUCCGCGACCUCUACCUCGACGCCCCCGGGCUGCCCCGCGUGGAGACCACGAACGCGUGCGACCUGUGCGACGACGAGCGCGACUACGACGACGUCGAGGAGGACUGCGAGAGCGAGUUCAACGACGACGUGAACAACAACGAGGUCGACCUCGCGGUCAUGGAGCUCAUGGUCGGCGCGCCCAACGUGCUGUUCGGGGCCGCGGGCGCGCUCCCGCCCAUGCCGCCGGAGUGGGAGGAAAUGACGCACGGCCUUCCGGGCCACCACGACUACUGGCACCCCGGGCUCCCAGCGCAGUAUGGCGGGCUGCAUUACGAGGACGAGUACGGCAGCGAGUCUGACUGA